UGAUCUAUUGAAGCUGCUGGGCACUCUCGUCUCAGUUGUUGUGGACCAUAUAUUUAUUUGCAUCAAAGAUUCUGGCAAGUCUUUCGGAGGGAGAAAAUGACAGUAGUUUGACCAGGAUUACCAUUGCAGGUCUAUGUUUAAGGUUGGAAUCCAAGGGAUGCAGAUCAUGAAGCCGCAGAGACCGAAAGAGAUUCAUUUGUCAAAAUCAAAUGGUGCUAAAAAAGUUAUCAGUACUGCUACGGGAAUUUGUCUUCAGCUGGGUUUGGUAUCAAGGGAGGAUAACGUUGAAGUUGAAAUGGCUAAUUGGGAAGUGGAAAAUCUAACGUUCACUGUUAAGCAACCGAUAGAGGUGGUUUUAACCAGUGAUGAGGCUCAACACCUUCCUUUUUUGUGCAAAUCUGAAGUUGAUUUCAUGGGCAUGCAGGAAGUGAAGGCAUUGACAAGAUUUUCUCUGCUAAGCAUAGCAGAGAUGAUAGUGUCCAUAAUAGAGGAUUUUGUCCAUCACCGAAGCUGAUAAACAAAAGCUUGUACAAAUUGACGAUGGAACUAACAUUAACUUUGUUCGAGGAAGCAGUUGUAGAUUCACAGGAAAAGAUCAAUGGCUUAAUCAGUGAUUUUGGUAUUUCAGAGUCCUCUGGGCAGCAACUUACCAUUGCUAAAGAACUCAGUCAAAAGAUUGAAUCAAUGGAGGGUUUAUUGAAGCAAUUACGGAAUAAAACUUAGUCCAUUCAUAUUUGUAUGUAAUUAGAAUUUAAGAUUGUCCUUUUUCUUUAUUGAUGUAUUUUACCUAGGUCACAAUUCUUUUUGUAUAUAGCAAAGAUCAUAUUGCCGAGUAUUGUAUAAAAUAGUUAGAAAUUAGGAUUCUUCAUUAUUUUAA